UCGACGGUUUUGAUUGAUUUAGUCGGAUUUGGUAGGUUAGAUUGGCGGGUUUGUUUAGCUGGGUCUCUGAGAGAAUUUGGCAAAAGAUAUAUUACUGUCGACGCAGAGUUCCACUUUUUCACGUUGUAGUAUAUUAUACUAUAAACGCCUUCGACAAAAAUGAGUUCUGAGCAGGGUUCCUGGAGCAAUAUUGUUUUCAGAUGUGCGGUAGCUACCGGAGCUCAUCCAAUCGAUCUCACCAAAACGCUGAUACAAUUGGGUCAUGAACCUAUAGCUCCUAAACCAACAACAACACUAUUUGGAAGACCAGCUCUUGGUCUACCCAGUGUAUUCCAAUACAUUGGCUACAUCAAAAAGAGAGAUGGUUUUUUUGGACUCUACAGAGGCCUUGGGCCUAAGAUGUGUGCAACCAUUAUCAAAGGAAUGGUGUUCCAGAAAGCCACUGAAAUAUUCAUCGUGCAAGUAGAAGGCAAAAAAGAAAAGAAAAGAGACCCAUACCCUGAAGAUGAUGAAGAGGAAUCACAAGCUGAGGAGGAAACUUUUUCCGAGUUCGCGUUGACCCUCUGUCGCAAUAUUACCGCUACCACCGUGUCCAUUUUAGCUAGCCACCCUUUCCAUGUGAUUGCCGUACGGACCAUGGCACAGUUUAUCGGAGAAGAACAAAAGUACACAGGAGUUUUUGCUUCGGCAAAGGAAAUCUUCCACGAGAGUGGAGUUGCAGGGUUCUUCCAAGGGGUCAGCCCUAGACUUCUUGGGGAACUGUUAGCACUCUUUCUGGCUUCGUCCGUCAGCUUCACGGUCAGCACCUACGCGCUCGGUGAUCCCCGCUACAGAGCAAGCAUUAAGACGGCCGUUGGGUUUUUGUCAACAUCAUUGACCUAUCCGUUCAGCGUUGUGUCGACUUGUAUGGCGGUCACCGGUACUGGCUUAAUUGCUGGCCAACCGCCUUACAUGCCCAUUUACGUCAAUUGGACCGACUGCUGGUCACAUUUAUCGCGCAACAAUCAGCUCAAAAGAGGCUCGUCUAUUAUAUGGCGCUAUUACACCGGAACGACUGCCGUAUUGCGACCGUAUUAGGUUUAACUCUCCAAGACUCUUUGACAUCUAGGUGAUUUAAUAUCAGCAGAAUUUAAAUCCAAUUUCUUAUUUUGAAUUGUGAAAAUCAAGAUAAGAAUUUGGACGGGGAUAGAGAGCGUUUAGUGCUGUCUUUUCAUUCACAAUCAUUCGUAGUUUUUGAUCAUUUUUGAAUAGAUCUUGGUUUGAAGUAAGUUAACACUUUGAUCUUUCCAUCGUUGAACUAUAUCCUAGUUGGAUGGUUAAUGAUCAUUUCCCAGUCAUGUUAGUAACAAUUCUUGCUUGUCCUUGCAGUCACGAAUUGUCUCGUGUGUUGGUCAACUCCUUCAACAAGUAUGUGACCCUUUCAAUCAUCUUCCUUCAUAACAUUAAUAAAAAU